AUGCGCCCGGGUUGUCAUCUUUUCACCGGGAGGAACGAAGGGCACACCGGCUGAGUCGGGAGCGGAGGACACGCUUUUCUCGAGUGGACAGACGGUUCAGUAGACAUUUUUCCUUCAUCCCUCUGUCCUGGCUCUCUCUUCAUUGGAAUUUUAUCCUGUUGUGGUUCUGACAUUGAGGAACGUCCGGCCUGUCGGACUGACCACCACCACCGUGUGUGCGUGAUACUUUAAGGACUGCUUAUGCAUCGUUUAAGGACUUGUGCGGCGCGGUUGCGUCCGCUUACUGCCUCUCAGGCGGCUCAGACUGUUGGCCAGCAGAGGCCUAUCACAGUCGCCUCCACAGGUGGCACAAGGACGUUUCAGCCAAUCAGGUGCUACUCGGCACCAGUGGCCUCUGAGCCAUUCCUUAAUGGGACAAGCUCCAACUACGUGGAGGAGAUGUAUUACGCCUGGCUGGAGAACCCAAAGAGUGUUCACAAGUCAUGGGAUGUCUUUUUCCGUAACGCUAAUGCCGGUGCUCCUCCUGGUGCUGCCUACCACUCUCCUCUGGGUCUCUCUGCAUCAUCGAGCCUCGUCGCUCCACAGCUCUCCUCUCUGGUUGGUGCUCAGCCCAAUGUGGAGAAGCUGGUGGAAGAUCACCUGGCAGUCCAGUCCCUCAUCAGGGCGUACCAGAUCCGAGGGCAUCAUGUGGCCCAGUUGGACCCCCUUGGCAUUAUGGACGCUGAUCUGGACUCCUGUGUCCCCACUGACAUUAUAACUUCCUCGGAUAAGCUGGGCUUCUAUGGACUGGAUGAGUCUGAUCUGGACAAGGUUUUCCGUCUGCCCACCACCACCUUCAUUGGAGGUGCAGAGAGUGCCCUCCCCCUGAAGGAAAUAAUUCGCCGCCUAGAGAUGGCGUAUUGUCAGCACAUUGGAGUGGAGUUCAUGUUCAUUAAUGACCUGGACCAGUGUCAGUGGAUCAGAGAGAAGUUUGAGACUCCUGGAGUGAUGCAGUUCACACCUGAGGAGAAGAGAACACUGCUGGCCCGUAUGAUUCGCUCUACUAGGUUUGAGGAGUUCCUGCAGAAGAAGUGGUCUGCAGAGAAGCGUUUUGGUCUAGAAGGAUGUGAAUCUCUGAUCCCUGCUCUGAAAACUAUCAUUGAUAAAUCCUCUGAGAAUGGAGUAGAGAACGUGAUUAUGGGCAUGCCUCAUAGAGGUCGUCUUAAUGUGCUGGCAAAUGUGAUCCGUAAAGAGCUGGAACAGAUAUUCUGUCAGUUUGACUCGAAACUGGAAGCAGCCGAUGAGGGCUCUGGAGAUGUGAAGUAUCACCUUGGCAUGUACCACCGACGCAUCAACCGCGUGACGGAUAGGAACAUCACCUUGUCUCUCGUGGCCAACCCCUCUCAUCUGGAGGCUGUUGACCCUGUGGUGCAGGGUAAGACCAAGGCCGAGCAGUUCUACUGUGGUGACAACGAUGGGAAACGGGUGAUGUCCAUCCUGCUCCAUGGAGAUGCGGCGUUUGCAGGUCAGGGUAUCGUCUAUGAGACGUUUCACUUGGCAGACCUGCCAUCCUACACUACUCACGGCACUGUGCAUGUCGUCGUCAACAACCAGAUUGGUUUCACCACAGAUCCUCGAGUGGCUCGCUCGUCUCCGUAUCCAACAGAUGUGGCUCGUGUCGUCAACGCUCCCAUCUUCCAUGUCAAUGCUGACGACCCUGAGGCUGUCAUCUAUGUCUGCAAAGUGGCUGCCGAGUGGAGAGCCACGUUCCAUUCGGACGUGGUAGUCGACCUGGUGUGUUACCGCCGGAUGGGUCACAACGAGAUGGAUGAGCCGAUGUUCACCCAGCCACUGAUGUACAAGCAGAUCAAGAAGCAGAAGCCUGUUCUCCAGAAAUACGCAGAGAAGCUGAUCACAGAGGGAGUGGUGACGCGCCAGGAAUACGAGGAGGAGAUCUCCAAGUAUGAUCGGAUCUGUGAGGAGGCAUAUGCUCGAUCUAAAGAUGAGAAAAUCCUUCACAUUAAGCACUGGCUGGACUCUCCAUGGCCUGGUUUUUUCACUCUGGAUGGACAGCCCAAGUCUAUGAGCUGCCCCUCUACUGGUCUGACUGAGGAAAACCUGAACCACAUAGGACAGGUAGCCUCGUCUGUUCCUGUGGAAGACUUCACCAUCCAUGGAGGUCUGAGUCGUAUCCUGAAAGGCCGAGCUGAGAUGAUUCGUAACCGGACAGUGGACUGGGCGCUUGGCGAGUACAUGGCCUUUGGAUCGCUGCUGAAAGAGGGAAUCCACAUUCGGCUGUCGGGGCAGGAUGUAGAGAGAGGGACUUUCAGUCACCGUCAUCACGUCCUCCAUGAUCAGAACGUGGACAAGAGGAUCUGUAUUCCCAUGAACCACCUGUCUCCUGACCAGGCGCCUUACACAGUCUGCAACAGCUCGCUGUCUGAGUAUGGAGUUCUUGGUUUUGAGCUUGGCUUUGCGAUGGCAAGUCCCAACGCUCUGAUCCUGUGGGAGGCUCAGUUCGGAGACUUCAACAACACGGCUCAGUGCAUCAUCGACCAGUUCAUCUGUGCCGGUCAGGCCAAGUGGGUCAGACAGAACGGCAUUGUGCUGCUGCUGCCCCACGGCCUGGAGGGCAUGGGUCCAGAACAUUCUUCAGCUCGUCCAGAGAGAUUCCUCCAAAUGUGCAAUGAUGACCCAGAUGUCAUGCCGAAUAUCACAGAGGACUUUGCAGUGCGUCAGCUCUACGAAUGUAAUUGGAUUGUGGUGAACUGUUCGUCCCCUGCAAACUACUUCCACGUCCUCAGAAGACAGAUCCUCAUGCCGUUCAGGAAGCCUCUGAUUGUCUUCACUCCUAAAUCCCUGCUCCGUCAUCCAGAGGCUAGGGGCAGCUUUGAUGAGAUGCUGCCUGGAACUCACUUUCAGAGGUUGAUCCUUGAUAACGGCCCAGUGUCUGAGCGUCCUGAAGAGGUGAAGAGGAUAAUCUUCUGCACGGGGAAGGUUUACUAUGAGCUGACCAAAGAAAGGAAGAACAGAGGGAUGGAAGGACACGUGGCAAUUAUACGGAUGGAGCAGCUGUCUCCUUUCCCCUUUGACCAGGUGAAGGCCGAGGUGGAGCGUUUUGCCAAUGCUGACCUAGUUUGGUGUCAGGAGGAGCAUAAGAACCAGGGUUACUAUGACUAUGUGAAGCCUCGCAUCAGGACCACGAUCCAGAGAGCCCAGCCUGUCUGGUAUGCUGGCAGAGAUCCAGCGGCAGCUCCAGCCACAGGAAACAAAAACACUCACCUGAUGGAGCUGCGCCGUUUCCUGGACACAGCCUUCGACCUGGAUGCUUUCAAAGAUCAGCAGUGAAGUCUGACCUGCAACACUCUCAUCUGUCCCACCUGUGACCCAUGACCCUCCUGGAAUUCUGUUUCACAACACACACACACACAACUCAAUAAAACUUCUGGGAAGAGAUUACAUUAUAUAGUACACACCAACAUUCUGUACUGCUCAGUAUAUACUGCCAACAUCAUGUUGUAUGGAUCAAAAAGAGUAUGAGUACUGUAAAUACAUGUACAGUACACAGAGUGAUACUUUUUACAUCUUUACAAAGCAUGAUGCAGUUGACUAUUUACUUCUGCAGCAUACACUGCAGUAAUACACAGCCUGAGUUUAAUAAUCCUGCUCAUGUCACUGAUCAGUAAAAAAAUCAGAGCAGCAGAUUUAGCUUGAUCAAUGAAUGUUAAUAAAUUAACUGGUCAAAUUUGGUGUUUGCUGCAUGUCGUGAUCGAUGGUCCAGUGAACAUGGAAUCACAUCUCUUCAUGUAUUUAGGUUCAGGUUAAUUUGGCCCAGCAGUGUGUAAUUUGUAUUGAAGUAACCUUACUGAGCAGUAUAUAUAUCAACAGUACAGAUAUUAUUUGUCCAGAAAAACAGUUACAGAGUACAACAGAGUACAGGCUCAGCUCCACCACAGAGCAACAGCGGCAGCAAAUAUACUUUCAGAAUAUUGGUUCCUAAAAGUGUCUUAAAACUGGUGUUUUAACUUCUAUUUCUGCAGCACAUUGAUCUCAUUAAUAAUUGGUAUAAAGUCAUUGAUUUAGAUUCAGAAGGGCUUGAAUUUUAAAAGUCUGAAAACCACAGGUCUUAACCACAGUCAGUUGUUUCUUCCCCUUCGUCCUGUUUUAAAUCUGGUCUAAAAUGGUUGCAGUCUGGCACAGAUUCUAUUAUCUCUUGUCUGUUGCCCAACACGUUGAGUGUCUGUGCGACUUGUCCGAUGAGACAUUUUAACAUUUCAACAUCGAAGGAAAUUGAGAGCAAAUUUUUUUUUUCUCUUGAGGCAACAACUGUUGCACCUGGUGGAGUUGCUCCUUUAGCCUGAACUUGAUCUUUGACCUCUCAGCAAUGUACUCUCCUCCCUCAGUCCAAACACACACGAUUCCAGCAGGUCAGCAGUUACUUAAGAAGGUCCAGGAAAUGGGAGUGACAUCUUUUUUCUUUUUCUCCAUCUUCAUCGUCAUUACUCCUUUUUCACUCUCAGAUCGCAUAGUUAUCAAAGCCAAAAAUCAUCUACACCUGAAAGGUCUUUGCAAAUGUUUGUUUUUAAUGUCUCAUUAGCAUAGUUGGGACUCCCAUUAAAAAAACAACGGGAAUGUGGCUAGCUGGGAAAAAUGGGAGCGAUGUAUUUGAGGUUUGGUGUCAGGUGUGUUUGCUUGUUAAAGAAAGUAUCCAAUUAGUCACCACAGCUCUGCUUAAUUCGCACAUUGAGUUUUUAUUUUAAAGGGAUUUCUGGGGUAUGGCUUCCCUACAUAAACUCAACCAAAUGCACUGCUGGUGAUUAAUUUAAUUCCUUGGCUUCUCUCAUUCUCUUCUGUCCAAACAUUAUCCUGUGCCAAACUGGAGGGCCUCUUGUUUUUAUUAUUUCAGUGUUUAUCAGUUGAAUGAACUCUGUCACCAGAAAAAUUAGAUAUAAUAAUAAAUCUUCUGGUUUGAAGCGGUAAAGAAAUAAAACGGCGGAAGAUGAAAUCGGCUGCAGAUAGAGUUCUGUGCUUCUGUUGAAGAAAAUGAUUUAUUUAUUUUCAUAAUAAGGGAUUUAAAUUCUCUUCAUUAUUUUUGCUUCAUUCAAUAAAGAAUUAUACUGAAAAAACUGCUGCUUCUUUCCGUCCUGUCUGUUUUAAGCAUUGUGACUUUGUAUUCAUGAAUUCAUUUCUAUUUUAAUGUUUAUUUGAUGUGACUUUAAUUUUAAAACACCUCACAGCAUUUUACAACAUUUACAAACAUUAAUAAAAUGUAUUCAAACUGAAAAAAUAACUGUAAAUGCACCACAGGAUGUUUACCUUUCAAAAUAAAAGAUCUGUUUAUUCUCAAUUGUCA